AUGGACUAUCGCGACGAUAUUGCAUCUGUCGACCAUCCAUACGACCAUCCCUUGUCCCAUCGGCCCAAUAUUGAUCCUCCCCCUUCGGACGCCGCGCAAAUACCACCGUUGUCCUACCGCCCUCAAACCCCCCCAGAAUCAGUACAAGUCAUUUCCUCACUCAUCGACUCUCUGAGCAAAAUAUCCGCCUCAUCGUAUGCUAGACAAGACCUUGGCGUGAACGCCGGCAUACAUAUACCCGGAGAUCUGUCCGUCCGUUCCAAUUCGACGGAGCCACCCAAUGCGGAUGACUUGGACAGGGAACAGAACGAUCCACCUACCGCCGAUGACAGUAGCGAGGGAGAGGCCGCCGCUGCGCCGGUGAUCAAGUACGCCAGAAGGCCACCAUUGUUGUCCAAACGGUCAAGCAGAUCGUUCAUCCACUCCAUAAAUAUGAAUUCUCAGACUGGUCUAGCCACAAGGGAGUCUAUACAGAGCCUCAAGUCGCGUGCCGAGUCUGACAGCGUCGGAGUGCCUAGCAUUGAGAGACGAGACCGUUCUAGCGCCAGCUCAACGUUCUCGUUCGUCAGUGGUUUGAGUGCCACUCAUCGCAAACCAACCACCGAGUCGAUGCGCGAGAUGGCUGCAACGAGGCCCAUUCCUCCCAGGCGAGUCUCGUCGGACAGGCGACGGAAAACCGAGUCCCUCUACAGCAUGGAUCACGAGAAGGAGAACAGGUGGCCUACUCGCGCGUCGUCAAUAGACGGGCGUUCGAGCAUGGGGGCUCAAGCUGACCCAGCGCCAGCUGAGAGUCCUACGAUUACUGCUCUGCGAUUGAGCAGGGGUGACUUGGGGAGCCACAUGAUACCCUCUCGUCGGUCAUCGCUCAGACGCAGCGUCACAGGCAUUUCAGACGUCUCUCAGGACCAGCAGAAUAGACACUCAUUCUCUGGUCGUGACCUGAAAGAGCUCAACAUCGAUUCCGAACUCAUCGAAGGCGAUAACUCGACUGUCAGACGGAUUCGGGAACUGCAAGAAGCACGAGAAAAGCGCCAGAAGGAGUGGAGAAAUGAGGCUCGCAAAUCGGAGCGAGCUGCGAAGAGGCAUACCAUCGCAACACCCAAAAUGUCGAGACAGGGGUCAAGCCCGUACCAGACUUCAAGGCUCUCUGUUACCGAGGUGGUGGUAGAAUCGCCUGAAGUCGAAAGCCCGCUCGAUCUGUCUGCAACGGUCAACGGAUCUGAGCUGGCGGACAUGCCUGCCUUCAUCCCAGAACCCCCUAAAGAAGAACCACCACCACCACCACCACCGCCACCGCCCUCCAUGGGCGGCGUCACAUCGAAUCCAUCUAGUGCAGCACCGUCCCGACACAACAGUGCUUACCGGAACUCCAUGGCUCAGGGAAAACGAAGUUCCAUUACUCAUGCGACUAAGCAAGAGCCUGCCUUCAGCGAGAUGAAGUCAAUAACGGAAGAAGUUGAAACUUUCGUUGGUGCGCCCCGUUUUACACAAAAGAUACGACAUCCUCGUUCCGGCCGGACAAUCGCCUUUUCAGAAGUGGGAGAUCCCAACGGGUUCGUAGUUUUGUGUUGUGUGGGCAUGGGGUUGACCCGAUACCUCACAGCGUUCUACGACGAGCUUGCCAGGACUUUGCGCCUGAGGCUGAUCACACCCGAUCGGCCUGGAGUAGGCGCAAGUUCGCCGUUACCUGAAUCUCAGUGUACGCCUUUGAACUGGGUUGAUGAUGUAGCUGUCAUAUGCAGCCAGCUGGAGAUCACGAGAUUUUCUCUCCUGGCACAUUCUGCAGGCGCAAUCUACGCUCUUGCUACAGCCUUGAAAAUGCCACAAUAUGUCCGAGGGCGCAUUCAUCUCCUGGCGCCCUGGAUCCCGCCUUCACAGAUGCCCAAAGGAGCGACCUUGGGGCCCGACUCGCAGCCAAUUGCCAAUUUACCCUUUAGUCACAAAAUCCUGAGCGUUUUGCCGGCACAACUCCUGAAGGUCGCAAACUCAAGGUUUUUGACUGCGACAAGUGCUUCUGUGGACCCGAAACCGAUAAAGUCCAAAAAGGCCAAGCAGCAACUGGAGAAUCUGGACGCAACGUUCGGUUAUGCUUUCCCAGAUCUCAACGACGACAGCGCAUUCAGAGCCGCUCUUCCUGACUUUGAGCCCGAGCGACCGCGAACAGGCACACCGAACCGAGCCCGGGCCAUAUCGUGCUAUCAAGCUAAUAAUGAAACAUUGGGAAUACCAGCACCACCUCUGUCUAGCCCAAAGUCCGAUUCUGGAAGGCAGACGUAUUCGUCCACAAAGGCUUCAGCUACGAAUUCCCGACCCAUGUCCCCACGCUUGAGCCCCGAGGCACGGCAAGCGCUCUACAACCAAACACUUACACAUCGCAUCUGGACGCUGGCCACUCAAAACGCAAAUCCCGCCAUUGAUCUGCUGGUUUGUCUAGAGCGGCGAAAACCUAUCGGGUUCCGAUAUCCCGAAGUGACACGGUCAGUUGUAAUUCAUCAUGGGGCCAAGGACACAAGGGUUCCGCUGGACAACGUACGUUGGCUGCACAGCGUGAUGAAGCGAUGUGAAUUACGAAUCCUGGACGGCGAGGGGCAUGGCCUCAUGGCGAGCGCAUCAGCCAUGGCCACGGUUCUCGGCGAGAUUGCCAGGGAAUGGGAAGAGUGGGAAAAGAUCGCGCAGAACAAGGAAAAGAGGAAAAGAAGCGACGCAGCGUCUACAUUCUCGAGGGGAAGGUCCUUCCACAGUAGAUUUGUGGAUGCCUCGUACCGAGAAGCCGCAUCGCGCGACUCCUGA